UAUUGGACAUUGUUGUCACUAACAUCCAAUCUAAAGCAUAAUCUCAUCACUAAUGAUUCUCUUUAGAUUAAUUGACUAAAGACAAUUUCCUCAACUUUAGGUACAUCAUACACCAUUGUCAAGUUUCAUUUCAUUUUUCUUCCCACACUUUUUUCUCUCACUAACUUUCACACAACCACCUUAACAAACAAUCACAACUUGUUCGUUCCACUUCAACCACCGCACCGCCACUUCCAACUCAAACACACUCAUAUAAAAAAAAAACCUUCGAAUUUUCAUUUUUUUUAUUCUUUAUUUUCGAUGGACCCAAAGUUCAUCGGAAAACCACCGCCGGUAAUAAUCGACUUAGAAAACAUGCCGGAGCGUGGUUCCCACCACCGUAGAUCACACUCCGACACUACUUUCCGUUUCGCCGCCAACUUCGAUGACCUUCUCCUCUUCGACCCGUCCGACUUCGAUAUUUCCAAUCUCCCACUUCCAUCUCCCGUCUCCGACGCCGUUCCGAUGACCGUCGAUUCGGAUGAGUCGAACGGGAAGUCUACUUCGGCGGCGCGUCAUUUACGGAGUUUGUCUGUUGAUUCUGAGUUUUUUGAUGGAUUAGGGUUUGGUGGUGGUGGUGGGGAGAAAAUUGAAGAGAGGAAGGUGAAUAGGCAUAGGCAUAGUAAUUCGAUGGAUGGUUCUUCAACGACGUCGUUUGAUGUUGAUGAGAAUUCUAUGGUGAUGAUUGAUGGUGUGAAGAAAUCUAUGCCUCCUGAGAAACUUGCUGAACUUGCUCUUAUUGAUCCUAAAAGAGCUAAAAGGAUUCUUGCGAAUAGGCAGUCUGCUGCUCGAUCGAAGGAGAGGAAAACUCGAUAUACAAGUGAGCUGGAGAGGAAGGUGCAGACGCUUCAAACUGAAGCAACUAACCUUUCUGCACAACUUACCAUUCUUCAGAGAGACACCAAUGAUUUGACUUCUCAGAAUAAGGAGCUCAAGAUGAAGUUAGAGGCUUUCGAGCAACAAGCACAGCUUAGAGAAGAUCUCAAUGAAGCAUUGAAGAAAGAACUGCAACGCCUUAGGGCGCAAAAGAAUCAUUUGACUGCCAUUGCCGGUAAUCCUUCUUUCAAUGGAAUGUUCUCGCAAUUUGCUACACAAUUAACCAUGCAACAGAUGGGUAAUCCUCAACCCCAGCAGACACAACCCAGCAUGCCGCCUUCUCGUUCUGAUCAUCCUUUCAAUGGUCGUGGCCGCCCUAACUUCAUGGACUUCAAUCACCAGAAGUAGUUCAUAUACUAGUAUCAAAGUAAAUGAUUUGGUUACAUAAUAUUCUCAUCACAAGCAACGUGUUGUAUAUAUAUGUAUGUAUUACAUGUGGCUUGUGAAGUGUAUCAUUGUAAUAAGUCUUAUGUUAUAUUUAUCUUCUAAAGUUUAAGGUAUAACGAUAUCCUAUUAUUAUGUACUUUCUGCAAUUCUAGGUUAGAAACAACCUUUGAAAUUUAUGUUAACAUAAAGAUUUAGAAGCAAUAGAUGGUAGUUGUGGAACCACAUAACAGGUUGUAAAUGUUUAAAGUUGAAGCAUAUUUUUAUGCUAUUGGGUUCUAAUAUUAUUAUUUCACAACAA